AUGUCUCGGGGUUCAAAUUCAGGAGUUCCAGCCAAACUUAAUGAUCCAAUUAUACCUGGGAAUGUAUCAAAAGCUCUUGAUAAAAAUUCUAAACUGGUUUGCAGUCGUUUAGAAAAAAUUGAAUUUCUAGAUCAAGAAGAAAGGGCAAAUGCUAUUAGCCAUACCAAAAGGAAUGUUGUAUCUAUCACUUCUAACAAUCAUGAGAUGUCAGUUUUUGCAAAUGUUGGAAGAUUUCGAUUUGAAAAAAGUACUAUUCACGGAUUUGGCUUAUUUACUACGGAAAAACUUCGAGCCCAAGAAAAUCUAAUCGAUAUUACAUGCCCUGUUGUCAGAACAUCGGUAGCUGAAAUGAGAUAUCAAAAAUAUAAAAAGAUUAAUCCGAAUAUAUCCUUUAUUAUUCAAAUUGACGAAAACAAUUACGUAGAUUUAACAAAUAUACGAACACCCGCCAGAUAUUUAAACCACAGCUGUGAGUCAAAUUGCCAACUCAAAUUAGCCAGUUCAAAAUCAUCAGCAACAGUAUCUAUAGUUGCUAAACGCGAUAUACUACCAUAUGAAGAGCUUACACUAGAUUACGGUAUCUCUUCAAUACCCAGAACAGAAAAAAUACCAUGUAAUUGUGGAAAUCCUAAAUGCAGGAACUUUAUAAACUGGAGGGAAGCUCCUGAUGAUAGAUACCGCAAUAUACAAUUCAUGCACAUUCAAAUUCUUGCAGGAAAUGGAAUUAUUAAUCCAAUUACAAAAUCCAUUAUUAAACAAGAGAUAAAACAGCAAGCUAAGUUGGCCAAAGAAGAAAAACAGAAGAAGAAAGAAGAAAAAAUGUCAAAAGAAGAAAGAUUAGCUAAAAAAUCACCCAAAAAGCUAGAAAAAGCAUUUUCCAAAGCUGUUGCCGAAGAAAAGUUAAAUAAAAAACAUAAAGAAGAGAAACCAGAAGAAAAAAUCCAGGAAGAAAAGAAAAUUGUUUUUAAUGAAAAAAUUAUUGAAGAAAAAUCUUCUAAAAAGAAGACAAAACCAAAGGUGAAGAUUUCUACAGAACCUAGGACAACAAAUGUUCUAAUUCCACCUCCAAUUUCCGAGAUAAUGCCAUUUGCAAGGGUAAAAUCAAAUCCAAUCCCUCCUCUACCUGCACCAGUUAAAUAUGAUUUUUCUGUGGAUCAAAAAUACGUUUUUGACCCUCAAAAUAAACAUAUUUCACUGAAACCUCCAUUAUUAAGCAACGACAUUCAAAUGCCUGAUAGAAAUUUGAUUGAUAACUUUGUUAGAACAAUUCCUACAUAUGAAUAA